AACAACCGGCGGAAAGAGUAGACGCAUCAGUAAAGGUGCAUGAACGCCGCACAGUGAUUCACCAGACUGACUGACGUCUCUCCGGUGCUGCACACACUCAAGUCCCCCCAGCCCGCUUCUUAUUUUGCAGACUUGAGUCGAGCCAAAGCAGUCGACGGUCUCCGCUGCAGCGGACACACAGAAAAGACGCACAAGAGCAGGGAAGGAACUUCAGCAGCGACUGCUUUUGCGGCAUGUUCAACCUGCGGCAGCCGCCGUUUAAACGCACCGACGCAGAAACCGUUUGAUUUUUGCUCCCGCCCCCCUCCCCCCCGAACCCGUUUGCAUGUAAAGAAACCUUCAACAUUGCAACCAUGUGGACGUCUCAUGAUACCGCUGGAUUUAUCGUCUUGGCUGGGUUUUUUGUGCAUUUCGGAUUCUCCUUUGAAGGUCGCUUCACCGAUCUGCCCUCCAACAUGACGGUUAAAGAGGGACAAAACAUAGAAAUGGCGUGCGCCUUCCAGAGCGGAACCACGUCAGUUUAUUUGGAAAUCCAGUGGUGGUUCGUGAAAGCGCCGGAACCCGCCGAGACCGGCGAGGAUGUCGAUACCGAAGAGAUGGAGAUAACGCCAGAGCCUGAUGAUGAGGGGACGAAAAUAAGUACAGUUAAAGUCCAGGGCAACGACAUCUCCCACAAGCUACAAAUCUCCCGAGUCAGCAAGAGUGAUGAGGGCUUGUACGAGUGCCGCGUGACACAAGCAAACUACGGGGAGAUUGUGGAUUACAAAGCCCAAGCUUGGUUGAGGGUCAACGCCACCGCUAGAGCACGACGUCCACCGCAGCCUCCCAAGAAGAGCUCUCCAUUACACCUGACGGACAAGAAGCCAAGAAAGUCCACCUCGUCUUUGGGCCAAGACAGCAUGAGUUCAGACCAGAGUGUGGAUUCUUCGUCUACUUCUCACACAUCAUCGAAUACAGCCAAACACAACACCAGCUCAGGUACAAGAAUAUCAGCCUGGUAUCGAUUCGCUGCCGUCCUUCUGGCUUGUGGUUUGGUGAGGGAGGCCUUGUUAUAAUAUGCAGAGGGGAUACGGCUGAAGAACUGACUUGGUUUCUCUCUGUUCGCUCUUAAAGUGAACACGAGAUUUGCUUGUUUUAUGUCCCCCCCCAUACCACGACCAUGCAGACUGCACAGUAUAAGCUCCAUUCCGCUGCCAAUACUACCGCUGUUGCACCCAGCACAUUAGCAAGUCACUUUAAAAUCAGAUGGAAACACCUUUUGUAAAAAAAACAACAAAAAAAACGCAGAAAAAGGUCCAAGGUACAAUGCUCCGAUGUGAAAAUGGACUCUGUUGUUAGAUAACUCACAUGGAGGAAUCACUUUCUUAUAGUUUUGCUGUUCAAGGUCACGUGUUCAUUUGUCAAAAUGGACAAGAAAAAAGAAGAAUCUAUAUUUGUGUUAUAAAUAUAUAAAUAUAUAUUAAAUUAUCUGUUUUAUUUUAAACACCUAGAUUUAAUGUAUGUGCUGUAUACAUAGCUAACACCAUUUUAUUGUGAAUAGGCCCCCGGUCAAAGACUAAAAAGAGAUUUCAUUUUUGACUGUUAACAUGAGAUUUCUUUUUGUUUUCAUUUGUCUUGAAGCUGUUCAAAUGAUCUAGUGUGCAUACUUUUACAUCUCGUUUGUGAUACAAAUGUGCAUGCUUAAUGACCAAGGCUUAAAAGGAGCGGAGUGUACUACGAUAUUUGAACAACACGAGUCACCACUUGGAGUUCAGUGUUUUCAGUAUUUCCGAUUUAGCUUUAUUUUCAAUGUGCUAGUUUUGAUGUGGAGGAAAAAAAAAAAAAUGUCCGUGUCAUUUUAAUUUGUAUUGCACCCUUUUAAUGAAUAAAAUGGAUGUCACAAUUCAUGAAUAAUUCCAAUAUGUGACAACUGGAGAAUCCAUUUGAAUGCCUUUGCUGUUUUGUCAUCUCUCAUUAAGAAUCAUUUGGUUAUUUAACCAGAAGGAAAACAACAGUUGCUAUAUUUAUAUUACGCUGACACACGUAUUGCAUAAUGUUGACAUUUUCAUUUUGGGAAGCGACUAUCUUAUACUAUUAGACUGAACUUUAUUUUCAGAUGUGGCAUUGUUCUCCAUGUAGUGUUCACAAACUGUAAAAGACUUGACAAUCUGUGACAGAUAAUUAAGACAAAAUAAUUAAUGAUGUAGUCCUCCAGAAUACUGUAGACUAGGGAUGCUCCGAUCAGGGUUUCAUGCUGCCGAAACCGAUCAUCCAUGAGUGAACUGUACAUUUUUCAAUUGAUUUAUGAUGAGUGGUAUUGGUCAGGGCCCAUGGUAAAUAGGUAACUAUUAAAUAAACAUUUUGGCGGACGAUUUUUGUGCUAUUUGCCACAAACCUGAACUUAAUUUCAUGCGUGUUUUGGAGUAAUACGAGUACAUGGGAAAUAAACUGUUCAAUAAUUAUUUUUUAGCUCAAGAUAACAAAAUUAUCAGACUAAAAUAACACAAAUAUCUUUAUGAAGUAGAAAUCUGUCCUGCUUAACUUUAAAACCGAAUAACCAGGUUGCAGGGAUCUCCAACUCGAUCUGUCAACGACUUAUGUUUUAUUCAUGACUGGCAACAUUGAAAUUGUACAGUACGUUAUUUACCAACCAGAUUUCCACUCAAACAUUAUGCUAUUUUGUGGUCAUUUGUCAUUAUAUAAAAGGAAUAAAGUCUGAAUUCAACAGUUCAACAGCCGGACACACUACAGUAUGUGUUUAUGUUCAUUAGGCAACCACACGCAAAUAGUGUUUGGAGGUCAGGACAUAAUUAGUGUAAUGACAACAAGAGAGUGAUGUUGUUCAGUUACACUUUAAAGUUAGUCCAUACCCCAUGAACGUGAUAUCCACUUGUGGCUUUUCCGUGGGACAAAAACAAGCUCCGAACUAACCGCAUCGCUUGUUUGUUUUCAAGACAAAAUGUCAACUGUGGUUAAAAAGUCACAUUUGGAGUCCAAAGACCAGAAGCAAGGUGGAUAACUCUAGCUAGCUGCGGCCAGUGCAAAGUACAGCCGGUGACAGAUGGGCAAAGCUUGUAAACAAAGAUGCAAGAAUAGUCGAUGUGUUUGGUGAGGGAGUGAUCAAACAUGCCGGCAUCGAUUGGUGUAGCCUGUGGCGAGCUUCAUACGAGACGUGUAGUUUUGUUGGCAAGCCUACGUGACAACAAACGUAGGAUCUCCCGCCGCACGGCUUUGACACACACCGAUCACAUCAUUUUUACGGAAAUCGGCUGAUACUGAUCGGUGGCUGAUCAAUCGGAGCAUCCCUACUGUGUGGACCCUUUUCAAGUCACUUCAGACCACUUUUGCUGUCUCUUACAGGGCUUACAUGUGUUUAUUUCCGCUAUGUGUACAGUAGUUGCUCACUAUUGUACACCAAAACUUCCUGCUAGCGUGCUCGUUGACGUUCUCCUGCGAUUUCAGAUCAACAUUUGCAAUAAAAGUGACCAGUCUCCAGUGACAUAUGCUGAGGUUCAUGGCUGGUGAGGCGCUCCUAAGCAGUUAUUUUUUUGUUAUAAUUCAGGUUGCUCGUUAAGAGAACAACAAGAAAUCGUGAAUAAUCCACGUUUGUUAAAAUUGUUUUCCACUAUAAUAUACUACUAUACUAUAUUAAUUUUGUAUUAACUGAAAAAACAUUUGGGGGUUAUUUGUUGUCAGUAGACUUGCUGCUUUCCAGCUGAUGCUUUAGUGGUAAAAAAAAAAAAAUACAUAAAAUGCUGGGUUUCUGCUUUUUUUCACAUUUCUCCUAAGGAAAUGUGAAAAAGCGUCUGUUUUUAUUUAAGAAAAUGUUAAAAAAACGAUUGGAAUCAUACAGAAAAUACAUUUAUAAUACUGUUUAAUGUGCAAAUAUUAAUAUUUAUUUUGAAUUAUCAUUAUUUGUUGCUUUCCUUGGUCCCCUGACCACACAUCACUGCCAGUCUAUUUCCAAUAUACCUCAUACACUUAUUGAACACACUUUAAAAUAUAAAUUGUAUCGCUACUGAAUGCUAAUGAAUGAUAAUGUAAUAUGAACAUAUGGAAUUGGAGUCACUGUGUUUCAGAAAAGUUUCACUUUUGCGUCUCACAGCAACAACAGUAUAAUGUGUUAAAGAAAGGGCCGUGGAGAGUGCAAAAGUGCAAAAUCACAACACUUGAUGACAAAAAUUAGCAACGCAUAAAGACAAAAGGUAAAAAUUGUGGGCUUGUGGUCCAUGUAUGCUGUAUGUUUCAUUCCCAGACUGAAAGUACAGAGUCUAUGUUGCCAUGCCCCUCUAGGAAGUGAAAGUUAAGCCUGUUGCACCUAUUGUGUGUCUGCCUCUUCUCCCAAUAUUUUUCCAUCAGUUAUUUGUGAGUGUUUUACAACUCUAGCUGUGCUAUGUGAGUGUCAUGAAAGCAUUACUACGGGAAGCUAUUAGACUGUGUGAGUGACAACAAUGCACCUAUUGUGUGUCUGCCUCUUUUCCCAAUAUUUUUCCAUCAGUUAUCUGUGAGUGUUUUACAACUCUAGUUGUGCUAUGUGAGUGUCAUGAAAGUAUUACUAUGGGAAGCUAUCAGACUGAACCUAAAAGUGUAGGUUAAUAAUCAUUAUCAUCAUAUCGAACAUCACCGUAUUAAAGCAUUAGCAUUCUUAACUAGGUUUGAAACUGCCUUUAAUGGCAAAAAAUAAGCUGUUGGAAGUUUCCAGAGAACCAUAGCCUGCAAUAAAGCACCUGACUGUCGUAUGAUGACCACUCCAGAACAAAGAUAUUGAGAAAAAUAUGACAAAGAAUAAGAUGAAGAAGAAUAAGAACAAGAAUAUGGACGACACUAUGAUGAAUAUGAAGAAGAAUACGACAAAGAAUAAUAACAAGAAAAAGAUUAUGGAAACGCACAAAGAUAUGAAAAAGAAGGACACGAAUAAGAAGAAUGACAAAACAGAAGAAGAACAAGAAUAUGGAGAAAAACAUGACAAAUAUGUAGAAGAAUGUGACAAAGAAGAACAUGAACAGGAAAAGAAGACAAAGAAGAAUACAACAAUGAAGAAGAAGAACAUGAAUAGGAACAAGAAGAACAUGAAUAACAAGAAUAAAGGAAGAAGAAUCUGCCAAAGAAGAAGAAUAAGCCUAUGGAGAAGAAUAGGAAGAACAUGAUGAAGAAAAAUACAAAAAAAAUAUGAAGAAGAAUGAAGACGAAGAAUAAUAAGAAUGUGAAGAAAAAGAAGAAUACGACAACAGAAGUACUAAAUGGAAUACUAAGAAGAAAAUACUCCUUGUGAAAUGGAUUUGAUGGGAAAACACAACCUUUAGAGCUUUACAAACCCCAAAAAUAUUUCUAUUUGAUAUGUAUAAUUCAGUGUGGAAACAAACAUCACUACACAGGAUAUCAAUCAAGGAUAUAUAUGUGGUCGGAGUUCGGUGAUGAAGAACGUAGUUCCAGGUAUUUGCCUGGGGUGUUGCGAGUCAGGAGUUUGUAUUACCAAACAAUAUGAGAGUAAUACAAUUGUAACACAAAAAUGUCUAUCGAGGGAAAGGCUUCUUGAGACGUCAUCUGUACUUCUGUGAAGAAGGUGUCGGACGUUUCGCUCCUCAUCCGAAGAGCUUUGUCAGCGAACUAAUAAGUGCUGGUAGCUUAGGCCUUAAAUACAGUAAGAGUGGGUGAAAUUGGUGUGCCAAGACCCUCCUCCUAUUGGUUCCUUACACUAAGACUGGGCGGAGUUGUGGUCUAAUCCUCCCCUGCCAUUAGCACCUCCGAUCAAAGGGAAGUGUAGCUCCCUGUAGUUGGGUAUGAAUGACUCUGAUACUGGCUCGUUAGCAUCUAUUGUUCUGGCUCGGCCCUGGCUCCACCUCAUUUGCAUGACUAGGAACUGUGGGUUUUGGUCUCAGUAACCUGCUGAACACAGGGUCCAAAUUAAACCUCAGGCUACCAGCACUUGUUAGUUCGCUGACGAAGCUCUUCGGAUGAGGAGCGACACGUCCGACACCUUUUUCACAGAAGUACAGAUGACGUCUCAAGAAGCCUUUCCCUCGAUGGACAACUCCUGUACGACUGAGAGCCUACACAGAGACAAAAAUGCCUAGUCGAAAAAAAAAAAUCAGACCUCACAAAUCGCGCGUCGUUAUAUUUGUCUCCCGUCGUAUUCCUGCGCACUGUCGCCUGUGCAUGUGAUCAGAAGCCGAAAUGUCAUUUUUAUUUUAUGCAGUUAUCCUUAGAGUUUAGUUUAUUCUGGUUUGUUUUGGGGUUUAUUGUGGUGUCCUAUAUUUUGUUUGGCCACUGGUGGCAGUAUGGAUUGGCCACCACUCUAGACAAUACAGUAUAUUCAUCCAUUCGUUCAGUCUUUGUUUGGAUCGCAUUAUGACCUGGAUCCCCCGCACCGGAAGCAAAUACAAUCGGUAGGACGAGGUAGUCGCAACAGCUUUUCUAAUCCGUCCUAAAUAAGCAUGAAGGCGUGCAAAACUACAUCAGUUUGUCAGGUGCUUUUGGCAAGUGUGUUGCUCAUUUCUUUCUCCUAAAUAAAUAUGGCAGAAUGAGUUGAGCCUACCUACAACGGAGCCAUCUGGCAACAGUGAUUCAAACAAAGCUCGUCAGAUUGACGAGAGCAAACAAGAGCUGGAAAACACGCUGUCUGAGAGGCUGAAAGUUACAGAGGAGCCAGGCUUUGGGUAACAACAAAAAACACUGAUAAUAUAAAUGAAAGACUGUUGUUGUGGUCCUGAGUGCAAAGCUCUGUCACAUCUCUGCAACUUCUUGUCACAUUAAACUGAGUUACGGUCUGCCGGGACAUCUCGAUAGUGACCAUAGGAAUUUGUAGACUGCACAUACAGUCCUUCCUUGACGCUUCGCGGUUCGAAUUUCACAGCUUCACUAGGUCACGGUAUCUCUUUCGUGGUAGACUACGGUCUAUUAGUCUAUUAGUCUAUUAGUCUAUUAGUCCUGCAUAUUUAAAUCAAAUUUUACAUAUUAAGCUUUUUCAAGCAUAAAAAUGGCAAAAUGAACAAAAUACAAAUAUAAGGCAUUCAGAAGACUCAUUCAAAGCUGUGAUAUGUAGUAUUUUACACUGGUCACAAGGUGGCAGUAAUGCUACAUUGAUGAGACGAUAGCCGCCGUAAGGAAGUACGCUGUCCAGAAAAAAACAAGGAACUCUCCCAAUGUUAACGUGUGAGUCUAUGUUACAACUUAUUUAGGUCUAUAUGUCUUAUUUUGCCAUAUAGUGGCCUAGUGGUUAGCAUGUUGGCCACACAGUCAGGAGAUAUGGGUUCGAAUCUCUUUGUGGAGUUUGCGUGGGUUUUCUCCGGGUACUCCGGUUUCCUCCCACAUUCCAAAAACAUGCACGUUCGGUUAACUGGCGACUCUAAAUUGUCCAUAGGUAUGAAUGUGAGUGUGAAUGUUUUUUGUCUAUAUGUGCUCUGCGAUUGACUGCUGACCAGUCCAGGGUGUACCCUUCCUCUUGCCCAAAGUCAGUUGGUAUGGAGGUAUGGUUAGCGGCAUACAAAAUGAAUGAAUGAAUGUCUUAUUUUCUGUUAUUAUGUCUACUAUAUCAGUAAUACGAGUAUAAAUGUGACUGUGGGGUGUUAUUUCAUGUCUAGAGGGCUCUAAUAAUGUUAAAAAAAACGUAUUUAGAAGGUUGUGAACAGGUUUUCUAUGCUACAAAAUAUUCCAUUUAUAAAGAAGGAAUCCUACUUGGCAGAAAUUCCCUUAUCACUGUCGGGUCUGGAACCAAUUAACCGCGAUAAACGAGGGAUUACAGUACUACUAUGUACAGUAUAUAGUAUAUAUACAGUAACUGAGCCUGGUUAGCAAACCAGUUUGCUAGCAACACUUUUGUCUUCUCUUUGUUCGAAUGCUGCUAGCUCUCAAAAGUUUCACUGCUGCUUUGAGUUCCGAGCGAAUUUUAUUUGUUGGCCAUCUCAGUUGUGAGAGUUGGUAUGCAGUGACCAACACUUUAAAUGUCCUAAAAUGUUUCCUAUACAGCUUUGUUCUUGACUUUAACUCAUUAAGUCCCUGAGUAACUUAAAAGGAAGCAUUUCGGAGUGGUUGUCAUCCCAGGACAUCCCAAAAUGGCUGCCUGUCAGGUAACACUAGUUAGAUUCCAAAAGAUUAUUUUUUUGCCAUUUAAAAAACCCAUUUAACAAUCCUAAUGCUUUAACAGGGUGUCAAAUAUUAUAAUCUAACUGUUUUUAUUACAUCCCCUGAAUUAAUAAUAAAAUAAGCUAUGAAAAUUGCUAUGGAAAACCUGACAUGACGUAUUUGUCACAGCAGCUAAACUGCUAAUAAUAAUAAAUAUAUGUUCUUUCAUUCAAUUCAAAGUACAUUUGUGGUAAUAAUUAUGAUAACCCAGAAAGAGGCAGAUGUGGUCUGAUAGUGGAUGUCUAAAAAUGUCUUCGAAAUUGAAUAAUGUUUUUCUUCACUUCUGACACGGACAUUUUAUGUAGAUGUACGCAACAGUGUGACAACUAGCAUGCCGUGAGAUAAGCGUAUAUUGGUGAUCAACUCCUCCUUAGUUGUACGGUUAACAUUCACACUGAACACAAGAACUGAUAUUGACUGAAAACACUUCACUGACUUUUGACUCCGCUUGGACUCACAAAGCAAACGUUUGAAUUGCACUCUUGGUAGAAGACGAGCGGGACAUGAACUUGUUUCAGCACUGUGGUUCAAAGGCUGACAGUGUGUCAUCCUUGAAGAUAACAUCAGAGACGACUUUUCACCGGGAGCCCUGGGAAGCCUGGGAGCGUAAUGUGUGGGGACUGAAGGGCAAAGACGUUUCAUCCCUUAAAUUCCAAACAGCUUCAGGGAGUAUUUGUACAGUUACUGCAAAAUCUCUGUCUAAAAACACAUUGGGUUACGAACAAGUUCCGUUACCGUUACUGUUCGCAGUGGAAUAUUUUCCACUGAUGAGUACUGUAACAUGUAUGUGCAAGACACCAACAGUCAACAGGAAGGUUCCUGAUCAGUGGGGAUGCCUCCAAAGCAGGUGUGUGGAAAAGGAACUCAGUUUCACUUUAGAGACCACUUGGCUGGGGGCUGACCGUUCUCUCCAGCACUGGCAUUACAAUUGUUGUAUACACGCCUUUUAAUAGUAAAUUGUAAACCUUACUUGAGACUCUUAGCAUUAUUUCACAGGUGGUAGAACAAAAGAAUCUGGGCGGACUUCGCCCUGGUAAAAAGUACCUAACAGAGCUUAUACUGCACCAACAUUGACUCAUAAGUCACUCACACAGUAAACAGAACAAUAUUGGCCAAUGUUGAUGGGCAUGCCUCCAAAAUGCCAACUGAUAUGCAAUGUUACCCUUCCUCGGUGUUGCUGAGCAGGCACACGCUGCAUUCUUGCCGCACGCCGUGCGUAUUCUUCUAAAUAACUAAACUAAAAUAAAUACAACAAAAUACAAUUUACUUAUUACAUAUAAUUGUUUUAGCAAAAUACAGUCAAUAGUGCAAUGUAACUAAACACUACUAUUCAAGAUUCAAGAGUUUUAUUGUCAUAUGCACAGUAAAACAGGCUACUACGCAAUGAAAUCCUUAUUGUGUUCAUUCUACUAUUGACACCCAUUCAAAUUCUUUGGCUUUUUGCCCAAAAAGACCUCCGUUUCCAAUGACUUAUUCCUUGAGGUAAGGCGAUUUAACAAAAUAUGAACAUUGGCGAUUCAGCAUUCAAGGUCCCCGUAAAGUUGUGCUUUUUUUUGGUCUGAAAAAAGGUGUUUUUUUUU